UAGUGUAGUUGCACGCACAUCAUCAUCAUCUCAUUCUUCUCCCCCUCUCUCUGCGAGGGUUCUUUUUCUUUUCUUUUCCUUUUUUCUUCUCCCUUUCAUUUCUCUCAAUUUUUAAUUCUUUUCCGCUUCUGGUCACCCCGAUUUUUCUAUUCCCAUUUUUAUUUCCCUUCUUUCUCCCGUUUAUAUAUUUUUCUGCUGUUUGUACGGAAAAAAAGAAGGGAUGCAGCAGCAGCAGCAAAGGUUGAAGCAGCAACAGCAGCAGCUAGCGCUGAUGCAGCAGUCCCUUUACCAUCCGGGUCUUCUCGCUCCUCCUCAGAUAGAACCUAUCUUGAGUGGGAAUUUGCCUCCUGGAUUUGACUCAAGCUCAUGCCGCAGUGUGUACGUUGGAAAUAUCCACCCUCAAGUUACUGAACCUCUUCUUCAGGAGGUUUUCUCAGGUACAGGUCCUCUUGAAGGUUGCAAGCUCAUUCGGAAAGAAAAGUCAUCCUAUGGUUUUGUGGAUUACUUUGAUCGUCGAUCAGCUGCACUUGCCAUCGUGACUCUUAAUGGCAGGCAUUUGUUUGGACAGCCGAUAAAAGUCAAUUGGGCAUAUGCUAGUGCUCAGCGAGAAGACACAUCAAAUCACUUCAACAUUUUUGUUGGUGAUCUUAGCCCGGAGGUUACUGAUGCUACCUUAUUUGCAUGCUUCUCUGUAUAUCCUACUUGCUCAGAUGCAAGGGUAAUGUGGGACCAGAAGACUGGACGCUCAAGGGGUUUUGGCUUCGUUUCUUUUCGCAGUCAGCAGGAUGCUCAAAGUUCAAUAAAUGACUUGAAUGGGAAGUGGCUUGGAAGCAGACAAAUUCGCUGCAAUUGGGCGGCAAAAGGUGCUGGUCAAGGCGAUGAGCAGCAGAAUCCUGAUUCAAAAAAUGUUGUGGAACUAACAAAUGGAGCAUCUGAUGAUGGCCAAGAAAAACGGAAUGAAGAUGCUCCAGAGAAUAAUCCACAGUAUACAACUGUUUAUGUGGGAAAUCUUGCUCCUGAAGUCACAUCAGUUGAUCUCCAUCGCCAUUUCCAUGCACUUGGCGUUGGAGUGAUUGAAGAUGUCCGCAUUCAGAGAGACAAAGGUUUUGGGUUCAUACGGUACAGCAGCCAUGCUGAAGCUGCCCGUGCUAUCCAGAUGGGAAAUGCUCGCAUUCUUUUUGGCAAGACAGUUAAGUGCUCGUGGGGUAGCAAGCCUACUCCACCUGGAACGAGCUCGACCCCUCUGCCUCCACCAGCAGUAACACACAUGCCUGGUUUCACAGCUGCUGAUCUGGCGGCCUACGAGCGACAGAUUGCACUGAAUAAACUAGGUGCGGCUCAAGCCCUGAUGAAUCCGCAGGCCCACCAUCGUCUCAGUGGUGCUACCCAACAGAUGUACGAUGGAGGGUAUUCGACCCAGCAACCCCUCUAUUACCAGCAGUAACCCAGAUUUAAAUUUUUAUUUGUUUUUCUAAACGUUACUGGUGCACCUUGUAGCUUGUAUCCUAGUUUUUUCGGAUUAGGUAUAUCAUAAUUCAACCUCUGUUUCCAACCCAAACAGAGAUUCUUGGAAAAUAUUUUCCUAUUUUUAUGUUUUCAUGCUUUUAUUUUUCCAACUACAGAAAAUAUUCUAUUUUUUAGUCUUUUAUUUGCUCAGUUUUUUAUGCAGCCGUUGCUGUAGGCCUACACUUUUUGUUACUUGAUCAAUUUUGUACCAAUGAAGACGAGAAAUUCACUUCA